ACAAUCCCGCUUCAAAUUCUCCACAUUUCCAGGAACUCCUGAAUCUCUCCCUCUCUCUGUCUCUCUCUAUUCUCACCAUCUCUCUCUUUCUCUGAUAGAAAGAGAAACCCAAGAACAAGAUCAAAAUAUGGGAAGCUACAGGAAAGAACGUAAAUUCAAGAAAUUACCAGAGCCACCGUCAAAAUAUGAACUGGGUAGUUACAAUUACAAAAUGUUCAAUCUUUUCAAUAGAAAAUUCAAGAUUACAGAAGCUGAGCCACCUAAUGAUGUUAAAGAAGUUUUUGCAAAGUUUUCUUAUGGUGAACGUCAUAUGAGUCCCGAUCAGUUUCGCAGGUUCUUGGUUUUACAUCAGGAUUUGGUGGACUGUACCUUAGCUGACGCUCAAAGGAUUGUUGAAGAUGUUAUUAAUAAAAGACAUCAUAUAACUAAGUACACUAGAUAUGGUCUUAAUCUUGAUGAUUUUUUCCAUUUCUUGCUUUUUGAUGAUAUCAAUGGUCCUAUCAUUCCUCAGGUACACCAUGAUAUGACUGCUCCAUUGUCACAUUAUUUCAUAUAUACAGGACAUAAUUCCUAUCUGACUGGGAAUCAGUUGAGCAGUGAUUGUAGCGAGGUCCCUAUUGUAAAGGCUCUGCAAAGAGGUGUGAGAGUAAUUGAACUAGAUUUGUGGCCAGGUUCUACAAAAGAUGAGGUUCUUGUUCUUCACGGGAGGACCCUGACAACUCCAGUGCCACUUAUCAAAUGUCUGAAGUCCAUAAGAGACUAUGCUUUUGUCAGUUCUCCAUACCCUGUCAUUAUUACUUUAGAAGACCACCUCAUGGCAGAGCAACAAGCAAAAGUUGCAGAGAUGCUUACACAAAUAUUUGGAGACACGCUGUAUUAUCCUGAGUCAGAUGGCUUAGUCCAAUUCCUUUCACCAGAAUCUUUAAAACAUCGGAUAAUGAUUUCAACCAAACCACCAAAAGAAUACCUUGAAUCUAGCGGUAUCAGUAGUAUCAAGAUGAAGGAAACUCGCUCACCACACGGCAGGAAUUCAUCUGAAGAAGAAGAAGAAGCUGAGGCAGAAGCUGACCAUAGGAGUGAUAGUGAUCAAGAUGAUGAAGACUGUGACAAUAAAUCAGGAAACCUUGCAUCCCCUGAAUACAAACGUCUAAUUACAAUCCACGCUGGGAAGCCAAAGGGUGCCUUAAAGGAUGCAAUCAAAGUUGCAGCUAAUAAAGUUAGACGACUAAGUUUGAGCGAACAGGAGCUUGAGAAGGCUGCCACAACUCAUGGAAUGGAUUUAGUGAGAUUUACACAGGAGAAUAUUCUGAGAGUAUAUCCUAAAGGAACACGGAUCACCUCCUCCAAUUACGAGCCUAUAAUUGGGUGGAUGCAUGGAGCACAGAUGAUUGCAUUUAACAUGCAGGGGUACGGCAAAUCACUUUGGUUGAUGCAUGGGAUGUUUAGGGGGAAUGGAGGGUGUGGUUACCUGAAAAAGCCUGAUUUUCUAAUGCAGAAAGACGAGGAGUUGUUUGAUCCUAAAAGAACAUUAUCAGUGAUUAAGACAUUAAAGGUAAAAGUAUAUUUGGGUGAUGGAUGGCGGUUGGAUUUUAGCCACACACACUUUGAUUCCUACUCACCACCAGACUUCUACACAAAGCUUUACAUUGUUGGGGUACCAGCUGAUGAUGCCAAGAGAAAAACGAAAAUAAUCGAGGACAACUGGGCUCCUGCUUGGAACGAGGAGUUCGCAUUCCCCUUGACAGUUCCCGAGCUAGCUUUGCUGAGGGUUGAAGUACGAGAAUAUGACAUGUCCGAAAAGGAUGACUUCGGUGGGCAGACAUGUUUGCCUGUCUCAGAACUAAGACCAGGGAUUCGAUCAGUACCCCUUCAUGAUAAGAAAGGAGAAAAGCUGAACAAUGCAAGGCUUCUAAUGAAGUUUGAGUUUGUAUAAAACUUGUAAGAUAAUACUACACAAUACCCUUUUGUACUUAUCUUGCAGCUUGCAGCAGCAUUGACAGGUUUUGCUCCAGAAAUAGGUGUUUGCCCUAAUUGAUGUAUAAACAGUGGCACUGUAAUUAUACUAGUUAAAAAGAAUGAGAAAUCUUGAAUGCAACAUACCAUUAUUAGCUGUUGCAGUUGCAGUAA